ACCAAGAUGGAAAUCCAGGGGCUUACUGAUGCCCAAAACACUCACUACCAACAUGGCGCCCCGCGUAAGUCAGGUUCAUCUCCGUUGGGAACGACGACGGGGACCAUUUCUAGCUCCAUUUCAAAGGGGGACCGUUCGGCCUCGCACGGGCUUCAGAGCGACAGCAACAACAACAGGCGGCCGGGCUCCUCUCCGCCUCGCCUGCUGGCGCAAAAUGGCAGCAGCGGCCCUCCUCGCCUGUGCCUCCAGCACCACAGGCACGACGAGAGCGGCGAGGCGGUGCCGCCGCCGCCCCGGGAGGCUCCUCGUACGUCCAGCAUCGAGCUGUGUAACUUAAAUGUGCUGAAAGAGAAGGAGUACGGGGAUUUAGAGUUGCCCGCGGACUUCGUGAGGGCCGAGCUGAAGUACGGCGAGGAGAGCGAGGAGGACGGCGUGCUGCAAAUGGCGCUGCCUCUCUUCGAGGGGGAGGACGGUUAUGGAGAACAGAGGCAGCUGUUGGCCGGGGACUUGGAGCAACAGCAGCAUCAGGACACGAACUGUAACGUUAACGUUAUCGCAUCUCCGUCCAGAGCCGCCGACAGCUCUGCUAGCGACAGCAUAGCGAGCUCUUCCGGUGGCAAAAGCUGUGAGGAGUUCUACGUUGUGUUUAACAUAGUGCAGGAAGAAAAUGGCCUCGACAAAGAGCCACGAACGCGCUCGUGUAAAGUGAACGAGAAGAAAGCCACAGAGCCGUCCAGGUCCACGUACGGAGAGCACGCUUCGGUUUUCACGGAAACAGACGAGAACAACAAGACGAGCAAGGCGAAAUCCCCGCCCGAGUCUGGUUUCGGUAGCUUAGUUAGCCACUCGGAGCUAGCCGGGGAAAGCGGCUCCGCGGCCGGAGGGAAGCGAGAGCUGUUCGGGGGCGACAUGGUGCUUUCAGACGGCGGCGCUGAGGGUGAAUGUAGCGUUAGUGGGAAACUACCCGAUGUGGUCAUGAUGAACUGCGGUCAUUUAGGGUCGACAGAACAGGCCGAGCUGAGCGAGGGCGAGUGUAAAAACAGCGCUGCCCUGGAGGCUGGCAGUGCUGCGAGUAGUGGAGUAACGGACGCAGGUAAAAGUCCGGAGUACGUGGCUGCGGACUACGCCAGGCUCGCUCCAGGCGAGAACGGCGAAGCGCAGGACACCUUUUCGGGCACCAUCACGAUCAACAACCAGAGCAUCAUCUUAACCAUCGAGAACGGGGUACUGACUCUGGCCGCGCCGCCGGAGGGCUAUGCAUACAAAGACGAUAGCAUGGUGAGUUUGAAGGAGCAUCUGGGCAUGAAGGAGCACGAAGACAUCGUUCUGCUCAACUACGACGGCGGGACAAAGUCUAUCGGGAAGAUCAGCAACGUUACCGUAACCGAUCGGGACGAGCGGACCGCCGGCCAGGCGGCCAGUGACUCCGAGCUGACCCUGGCUGAGGAGAGUCCGCUCUCAGAGCUGCCCGGCACUGCUCUGGACUCCUGCCCCUCUGUUAAACAGGAGGAGGGGGCUUUGUGUGCUGUGGACGAAGCCAGCGCUUUAGGUCACGGUUCGAAAGGUGCACCUGUGGGCUUACCUGUUGGAUGUGAGGACGAGAUGCAGCCAAUGAGCCUUGGGGUGCCGACAGGCAUGGCAAAGAAAGGCGCCUUAGUUACUUACCGCUGUCCUCACUCAGGCUGCCCUGAGGCUUUCGACAGCCGCCAGAAGCUCAAGAUGCACCUCGUUUUCCAUACAGAGGACCAGCGCCCCUUCAAGUGCACAGUGGAGGGCUGCGGCUGGUCCUUUACCACGUCGUACAAACUGAAGCGGCACUUGCAGUCCCACGACAAGGUGCGGCCAUACAAGUGCGAGUGGGAGAACUGCGGCCGGCGCUUCACCACUAUCUACAACCUGAAGGCCCAUGUUAAAGCACAUGACCAAGAGGACGCCUUUGUGUGCGAGAUUUGCAGUGAGAGGUUCCGCAGCGCUACGAGGCUCGCCAAUCAUCAGAGAACGCACUUCGAACCUGAGAGGCCGCACAAGUGUGAAUUCCCAGGGUGUGAGAAGGCCUUCAUCACCUUCAGUGCCCUCUUUUCCCACAACAGGACUCACUUCAGAGAGACUGGCCAGUUCACUUGUACUUAUCCCGGCUGUGACAAGCGCUAUGACAAAGCCUGCCGCCUUAAAAUCCAUCUUCGCAGUCAUACAGGUGAGAGGCCGUUUGUCUGUGACUCUGAGUCCUGUGGAUGGACUUUCACUAGCAUGUCAAAGCUGUUGCGUCACAAAAGGAAACAUGAUGAUGACAGGCGGUUUACGUGUCCGGAGGAGGGCUGUGGAAAAUCCUUCACUCGUGCAGAGCACCUGAAAGGCCACAGUAUCACCCACCUGGGCACCAAGCCAUUUGAGUGUAGAGUAGAAGGUUGUAGUGCUAAGUUCUCAGCGCGUAGCAGUCUUUACAUCCACUCUAAGAAACACCGUCAGGACGGGAUGUGUCUGAGAAGCAGAUGUCCUGUGGCUGGAUGCACCAAGCACUUCUCAUCCCGCAGCAGCCUCAAGAGCCAUAUGCUUAAACAUCACAACCUUAGCCCAGAUGUGUUGAGUCAGUUGGAGAGCACAGCCACCCUGACGCCCAGCUGUGAACUCACCAGCGCUGCUCAAACCGCCACUGCCCCAGGCUCUGUGGGAGCAGACCUCAGCAGCUUAGACCUCUCCUCUCUGUUCUCCAGCGUGCCCUCAGGGGCCUCGGCAGCACCCGCUGGCCCUUCAGCCUCCUCAGGCCCCUCCUCCUUCACCAUGGACAUGUCUCUGGUCAGUGCCGGCAUCCUGACCAUAGACCCUGCUUCAGUCGGCUCCUCUCUCGGAGGGGCCAAAGCCGUGGACCCUCUUAUUUUAGCAGCAGGGGCAGACAUGGGGGCGCAUGUUCUGGAGGCUGGCUUAGGGCCUGGUGCAGGCGGAGGGGUCCUGCAGCAGGCAGCGCUGCAUUUAGACGAUGUGCAGACAGUGAACCCUGAGGCUCUAGGAGCGCUAACAACCCUGGCUAUCCAAAGCACCUCAGCAGCGGAACAGCUGCAAGCCCUGAGCUCUUCUAGCGCUUUAACUGCAGAGUCUCCUUCCUCUUCUCUCGCCCCAUCACUCACUCCCUCACUCACAUCCUCACUGUCUUCAUCCCUUGCACCCUCACUCACUUCUUCUCUUGUUCCUUCACUUGCAUCUUCCACUGCUCUGGCGGGACCCCCAGUGCCAGAACUGCUGUCUCCCCAGCCUAAAGCAGAUAUUGGGGGUAGUGAGGCGGCUGUAGGGCCCUUGUUGAGUGGGGUGGAGGUCCUGGCCCAGCCGGAGAACAGCAAAGCCAUGAAUCAGUUUGUGUUUCCCAGCCACAGUGUGUCCUAUGGUGGGCAGAAAGAGACAGAGCUGCCCUCAGUCACCACUUGUUCUUUUAUGGAGAGCAGUGGUUCUGCACGCACCGAUUACAGAGCUAUCCAGCUGGCAAAGAGGAGGAAGCAGAAAGGCCCUGCUGGCAGUGUAGGUGCCUCAGGGGCAACUCCGAGGAAGGCUAAGGGAGGCAAGGGAUCCAGUACUGCAGGGACACUGGCUUCACCAAGUGUCCGUUUUGGAGAAGUAGCUGCAUCGACGACGGGGGGCCUCACUAUCCGAGAUCCGGUGACUGGAGCCCAGUAUGUACAAAUUCAGCUACUGCAGGACGACCCUGCCACUGAUGGAGACUUGGCUUUCCAGCUCAGCUCACAGACAUCGAGUUCUCAUUCCCAGCUUACAGUCGACCUGCCUGUCAACAUCUUACAGGAGCCUUCUGCUAUGGCUGAGGAUGAUAAUGGAUCUGAUAACUCCCAGUUCACCGGCAGCACUAUCAACCUACAGGACUUGGAGUGAGAGCUUGAGGUCGAGUCAGCAAGACCCACUGCUGAACCUAGUGACAGUUCUUUUUCUGUCUCCCUACAUCCCUCCCUCCUUCCCUCUCUCCUCAAGACGUGGAACGCAUCUGUUUUCAAAAUGUCUUCUCUCUGUCUUUCUGGGGAGUGGUGCUGGACAUGACCCUGUUUAAGGGCUUAUUCAUUUAACAUGUUCCUAGGUUUCUGAGCUGUGUAGUCCAUGCAUUUUGAUUAAAAAUGGCUGAUUAAAUUGUCAUAUUUGAACAGUAUAACUGGGCACAUACAUUUUAGCCAGGAUUCAUUUUUUGAAGAUUCAUUCAUUAACAGUGAUUCAGGCAUAGAUCCAGUAUUGGUGAAGGAAAGCUAUUAUGCUAAGAGACUGCCAGUACAGAUUCCAUAGUUUAUCUCCCUCCAUCUAUUGUACCACUUUCAUCUACUUCUAAUAGAGUACUAUGAGGGGCCAACAUUUACUGUCCUUCCUAGAAAGAUGUUAUAAGCAAUUUGUUAUUGUAGUUCUUAUUGCACACUGCUUAUUAGGUUACAUCCUUACUCGCUACAUUUCACAGAGGCAUGGUAAUAAGCCUAAUGAAGACUGCAACAGCAGUAGGAACACUGCUAUAACUGCCUGGUACGUCAUGGCGAGGCUAUGUGUCUUAUAUACUUACACUCAUUUUUGGAACAGCACAAUUAGGUCUGAAAGUUGUAAGAUUUACUGUUGUCUGUGCAGUAAGGUACCUGCCAACCUCAAAAACUCUUUGUAAAUAACACUGUUACUCAGUGUUCUCUCUUUGCCCUCCAGUCCUAACAAGACAACAGCAUUUACAGUUACAACCAUGGAAGAAAUACUUUCUUACCAUUAAGUUUUGUUAAUUUUUUAUGGCUUUUGUGUCUUAUGUAAAAUGUUCUAUGUUCUAUGUUUGUGUAUGAAAUUAAGAUUAAAUGCCACUCUACUUUUUUAUAAAA